AAAGCAGCCCUUAGCCACGCCCACCGCAGAGGCCAGGAACACAGGCCCCGCCCCUUAGAAGGCGGAGCCACGCAUGGCGCAUGCUCGGUGCCCUUUGUGUCCCGGGCUGCUCGGUUGCCUUUGCGGGGAAAGGCCUGGCCGCUCAGAGAGAGAAGCGGUGUCGGUGAGGAGGCAGCGGCGGCGGCGGCGGCUCGGCGGCCAUGGUGAAGAAACGGAAAGGCCGCGUCCUCAUCGACUCCGACAGCGAGGACAGCGGCAGCGAGGAGAACCUGGACCAGGAGCUCCUGUCAUUGGCCAAACGGAAACGUGGUGACUCUGAGGAAAAGGAAACACCUGCUAGUAAACCAACAGCAUCUUCAGAUUCUGAGACCUCAGACAGUGAUGUUGAGUGGACAGUUGGAGGUUCUAAAAACAAAAAGAAAGGGAAAGUUGGGAAAGCAGAGAAAAAAGGAGCCAUGAAGAAACAGAUGAACAAAGCAGCCUCAUCAGGCAGCUCUGAUAAAGAAAGCUCUGCAGAAAGUUCAGCACCUGAAGAAGGUGAGGUUUCUGAUUCUGAAAGCAACAGCUCUUGUUCCAGCUCAGAUUCUGAUUCAUCUUCAGAAGAUGAAUUCACUGAUGGUUAUGGGGAGGACCUCAUGGGUGAUGAAGAAGACAGAGCUCGUCUAGAACAGAUGACAGAAAAAGAGAGAGAACAGGAAUUGUUUAACCGGAUAGAGAAGAGAGAAGUUCUAAAGAGAAGGUUUGAAAUAAAGAAAAAACUAAAGACAGCGAAAAAGAAAGAAAAGAAAGAGAAAAAGAAAAAGCAAGAAGAAGAGCAGGAGAAAAAAAAGCUCACACAAAUUCAAGAAUCCCAGGUGUUUCUUCAGGUAAUGUCACACAAUAAAGAACGACGGUCAAAGAGAGAUGAAAAACUGGAUAAGAAAUCCCAAGCCAUGGAAGAAUUGAAAGCUGAAAGGGAGAAACGAAAGAACAGGACAGCUGAAUUGCUAGCAAAGAAGCAGCCAUUAAAAACAAGUGAAGUAUACUCAGAUGAUGAAGAGGAAGAAGAGGAUGAUAAAUCUAGUGAAAAAACUGAUCGUUCAUCCAGGUCUUCAUCUUCUGAUGAAGAAGAAGAGAAAGAAGAAGUUCCUCCAAAAUCACAACCAGUGUCUUUACCCGAAGAACUGAAUCGUGUUCGAUUAUCUCGACACAAACUGGAGCGAUGGUGUCACAUGCCUUUCUUUGCCAAGACAGUCACUGGCUGCUUUGUGCGCAUUGGAAUAGGAAACCACAACAGCAAACCAGUUUACAGAGUGGCAGAAAUAACUAGUGUUGUAGAAACUGGCAAGGUUUAUCAGCUUGGAGGUACCAGGACAAAUAAGGGAUUGCAGUUAAGGCAUGGUAGUGACCAACGUGUGUUCCGUUUAGAGUUUGUCUCCAAUCAAGAAUUCACAGAGAGUGAGUUUAUGAAGUGGAAAGAAGCUAUGUUCUCUGCUGGGAUGCAGCUACCCACACUAGAUGAGAUAAACAAGAAGGAAGUGUCCAUCAAAGAAGCCCUCAACUAUAAAUUUAAUGAUCAGGAUAUUGAGCAGAUAGUAAAAGAGAAAGAGAGAUUCCGGAAAGCACCACCAAAUUAUGCCAUGAAGAAAACUCAGCUUCUAAAAGAGAAGGCAAUGGCAGAAGACAUGGGAGAUCAGGACAGGGCAAAACAGAUUCAAGACCAGCUUAAUGAGUUGGAAGAGAGAGCAGAAGCUCUGGAUCGCCAGCGAACAAAAAAUAUUUCAGCCAUCAGUUACAUCAAUCAGAGGAAUAGAGAAUGGAACAUUGUGGAAUCUGAAAAAGCCUUAGUGGCAGAAAGCCACAGUAUGAAAAACCAGCAGAUGGAUCCCUUUACUAGGCGACAGUGUAAACCCACAAUAGUUUCCAACUCCAGAGAUCCCGCGGUUCAAGCUGCUAUUCUUGCCCAGCUAAAUGCAAAAUAUGGAUCUGGUGUAUUACCAGAUGCUCCAAAGGACAUGACCAAGAGUCAGGGUAAAGACAAAGAUAUGAAUUCAAAAUCAGCCAGUGACCUCUCAGAGGAUCUUUUCAAAGUGCAUGAUUUUGAUGUAAAGAUUGAUCUCCAAGUUCCUAGCUCAGAGUCCAAAACACUGGCUAUCACCUCCAAGGCUCCCCCAGCAAAAGAUGGCGCCCCUCGGCGGUCACUGAACCUGGAGGACUACAAGAAAAGGCGGGGGCUAAUUUGAGCCUCCCCCAUCUCAGCUGCUUCUGAUCCUGCAUGCUACAUGAUGUCCUACCCUCUAUUUUACCCCUCCCUCUUCAGUUUGAUCUUCUGGGUUGGAGCAGCACUAGAGCUGGGGAAAGACUCUUUAAAAAUUGCCAGCCAUUUGUAAUAUAAACCAUUGACUCUUUACUGUAUAUACCUCCCUUUUUGCCCUUUCUUCCUGCCCCCCCACAAAUAUGGAUCUGUGCUGUUUUUAGAGGGGGGUGUUUUUUUAAUGCAGCUGUUUGGUUUUGGCUGUGUGUAUUCAGUGUUAACCUGGAGUCUGGAUUUCUGCAGGAACCUCUUGGUGGCAGAAGCACUUAGCUGUCUCACCACCACAAGCAAGGCAAGUUAAAACAGUGGCACAAGACCUCUUGUGAAGGUCACCUGCACUUUCCCCCCUCUUCUUGUCCUAUCCUGACUCCUGGCUCUGGAGAAGGACAUAUUUACAAACUGGUUUAGUUGAAAGUGUACAUUUUGUGGGGGUGGGUGGGUUGUGACAAUUUUUCCAGGUAGUUUUUUUAUCAUUUUUAACCUGCAGUAAAUUUGUAUCUGUCUGUCACAGUUCUUUAAAGCUGUCUUGAAUUUCUAUCAGCUACAUUUGAGCAUCUGAAACAGCAGGGGCAAUUUAGUAAAUGUUUUUUUUUGUUUGUUUUUUUUAAAGAACAAUGCCUGGCUGACAGUAACUAUGUAACCUUGCAUUUCUCUGUUUCAUCUUAUAAAAAUCACUUGCCUCUUCUACAUGGCUUUGUAAAGCAGUAAGAUUCAUGCUCUUGAAUUCCCUGCUUACAGGUAGGUAAGAGCAGUUCAUCCUCCCUGACUGUUACUUAGUUCUUUCUUCCCUGUGUCAAAAAACCAACAAAAAACAAGAAAACCCUAUAAAAUCAUACCUUAUUUUGUUCUGCCACAUUGUCACCUCAUUUUUUCCAUUCUUAACUUUUUAUUAUUAUUUGCUCCAUUUUAAUUUUAACUUUAUGAAAUCUUAUUUUCCAAAUGGGAAGGAUACAGUAGAAAUAACAAACCAUAAAAGGACAGUUGUUUAACCUAUAUAUAACUGGUACAAUAUGUGCAGUGGAACUCUAGCACAAGGAUUGUAUGUAUGAAAUAUUUGAAUAGGAACAAGACGACUGCUUGAUAAUCACUCAGGUGUAAAGAUCAAAGUGUAAAUAAAUGACAUUUUAUUGAAGAGUUCUUAACAAUGAACGAGAGUGGAUUAUAAUGAACUAAAAACUGCAUACAUCUGUAACACACCAGGUCACUCUAAUGUUGGUGCUGGAAAGUGCUGACUCUGGGUUCAGGAGAAUUUUUUAUUUUUAUUUUUAAAGCAGGCCCACAAAAUCUUUGCUUAACAUCUUAAUAGAAGUUUGAGUUUUGUAGCUGUGAUCUGUGGGAUCCUUCUUGAUGCUUUAAUCCUAUUUCUUCCUUUAUUCCUUAUUUAAGAAUAGGGAGACAUGUAACUGUGGAAAAACCUGAUGAAAUGAAGGGGGGAAAAUGUGGUUCUUCUCCUGGAGUGGGUUCUUCUCAAGUUGUGUGAACUAUGUGGCUUCAUUUACAAGAUAGUCCACAGCUUUGUGGACUGUUUUGCAAAUGUGUAAUCAUUCAUUUUCCUGACUUUUUUUUUUCUCUAGCUACUUUUCUCAAGCUCUUGUGGACUUUGAUUUACAUAUGUACUUGUAACGUUUUUUUUUUUUUUUAAGUGGAUUUCUAGAAUCUGCCAGUGUAUAGCUGUUUGGGAGCCAUCAUGAUAUCCUUUGUUGAUAUGCAUCUCUAUCACCUGAUUUUUGCCAGCAACUUAAUCUGUAGGGGCCAGUUUCUCCAAUACCAACAUUUCUGAUGUAGCAAGAUAUAACCAUAAAACUCUUUUAGAGUUUUGAUUGGCCACCAGUUUCUACAAAGUUGUGAUAUAGGAACAAGAAAAGAGUAAGCAGAGUUUAAACUAAUGUUCUAAUGAUUCCACCUACUGUAAUUAUAUCAUGGCAGGCUACAACAGGAUUUUGCAACAGAGGUACACAUCCUGAUACUGAACUUCAUAAUCAAAGUACUGAAAACGUCCUUAAAUUGUAAAUAAUGUAUGUUUCCCCCUUUCUGAUUGGGUUGGAGGAGAUGAUUAAAUAAGGUGGGAGCCUGUUAUGGACAAAAGCAACAGAUAGCUCUCAUGCGUUUUCUGUUUACCAAGCAAGAGAUUUUGCUAUUAGCAGAAGUGAUGGACAAGUUUUUGUCCACUGUCUGGUUUUUCACUGAGAAUAAUGCAUUGGGGAAGUAAUUUUUCUCAAAUAGCUAUGGAACUAAUUGUGUAUGAAGAUGUAACAUUUUCUCCUCUUUAAGUGCAUGUGACAGUGAGUUAAGACAACACAGGCUCAUUGGGAGGGAUGGGUUUAUUUGCUUUAAUUCAUUGAUGUCUUGGCAGCAUUUGUUUCAAAUGUAUAGACUUCUAUAAAUAAACUUUGGUUCGUUUUAAUAAAA